AUGGAUAUCAAAACCCAAUUCAUUGAUUUUAUCAACUCCGCCGCUCCACUUUCCGACGCGACCAACAUCGUUCACAAACUUGUCACACCAACAUACACUACUAAUAACUUAGUUGCCGACUUGAAAGAUGUGUUGUCUUCCGAAGAUGACCGUCUCCGUUUCCGAGCAACCACAGUUUUGUCUUCUUCUUUAAGAACUAAGCCAUUAUCACCAGAGAGUAAACAAGUGUUUAUCGAUUACUUGUCUUCACGACUGAUCGACGUGGACUGCUUAACGCCGAUAUUAGAGGCUUUACUCUUCUUAGUGGACACUCCUUUAUCUCAAGAUAUCGAACAAGAAAUAUUGGAGUGUUUCUCUGCACUCAAAACCCAAUUACUUCCCAAAGAGACACGAGUUCUCUUAUAUACACUUUUUAGAAAUUUGGCGUCCACGUCCCAUAACCCAGAUAUGGUGCAAGCCGCAGUCGCACUAGUUGAACUUGAAAGAGACCCCGAGUGCCUCUUACUAACAUUUGAUAUCAUCAAAACCGUAUCAGCUAAUAACGAAAUAGAUGCAGAAACAGCUCCACUUCUUUUCGAUUGCUCUUCUGCGUAUUUCCCGAUAUUGUACCCCCCACGAGGGGACGAGGAGUUGCGUCUUAAACUGACGGACUUGAUAUUAGAAGGUUUUACGUCAAAUGAAAUUUUUGCGCAAUUGGCCGUUCCAUUCUUGUUAGACAAACUCGACGCGGACUUGUCGAGUAUUAAACUGGAAGCGUUGAGAGCCAUUUUAUAUUGUUUACACCAUUAUAAAGAAGAUGUUGUGUGUGGCUAUUACGAGCAAAUAUGGGAUGUCAUUGAACUGAAUAUCUCCACUGCUGGUGUAGUGGAAAUCAAUGACACUGCUUUUGAAAUCACGGCACUGGUAUGCAACGCAGAGAAGAAGAUAUCAGGCCCAAUUUUGGAGUUAAUAAAGAAGUUCAUCUUCCGAAUGAUGGGAGAAAAGGAUGAGAUCAUUAUCGCCUUUGUCAAUGGACUCAUCUCGGAGUUGACACGGUCAUGUGAAGCGUUCUAUGAAAUGUUUGCGAAGAGCUAUUUGAAGUGUUUCCACGACCAACUUGAAGAGUCAUUGGCUGGACCUAAAGAGCAAUUUGAAAGAGAAUUAAAAGUCGUCAGAUUGUUAUAUCAACGCGCUGUAGAGGGUAAACCAUUAUACGAUGAAAUGAAAGGACAAAAAGUGUGGGAUUUACAUAUCAUAGCUACACCGAGUCACCCUUGUUUCAUAAGUUUAUUAGACUUGGAUGUAUCUUUUGGAAUGCUUAAUCUUAUCGGCGAACACAAACUCGAGACGUACAAAUUGGUUGUUGAAACUGCGAUUGAAAGACCUGAAGAUAUCAUUGAGAUAUUACAAAGACUUUUUGAAAGGGAAGAAAGAACGAUGAUGGAGUUGAUGAGUGUCGAUUGUGUCAUCCAAAGUUUAGAAUUGGUGACGGGGAUUGGGGCGCAUAGUCCACUGCUCUUUGGAGAAAUACUCAAACAAAUACCUCAAUUAAAAAGUAGCCAAUAUGUACCAGUUUUACAGUCACUUCUCUCCGAUGCUAUCCCAGAGAAUUGUCUUGAUAAAUACGUUGAAUCGAUUGUUCCUGUCUUUGAAGUAAUAACACAGGGGGAAGUGUCUCCCCUCUUUCCAGUUUUAAUGAAUAGGGUAUCACGAUUACAUUUGGUGCUUGGAGAGAAGAGACUCACUCACUUGCAAAAUGCCAUUUUCAGUGCAUUGGAACACUCCCCGCGACUCAUUUUAGUCCUCCCAAGUGUGUUACAAAAAGGUAUUCCGAACACGUUGUACAUAUACUUGAAUAACGUGAAGUGCGUCGACAAAGACACACGAGCGAUUUAUGCGUUGUUGAGUAGUUACAACAGUGAGUCCAUUCCAGAAGCCUUAAAGGACGAAGAAGAGUAUUUUGAGGGAUACAAAAGUGUUUUUGAGUUGGAGCAAGACAAGGAGCCGGUGGUAGUCUUAAAGUUCGUCGACCGACUUUGCCGCAACGAGAAAAAGGCGGUCGAGUGUUUGAAGGAAGUCUCUGUUUUUUGGACAUUAGACAAAGCCAGUGACGAGAAAUGGAAGAAGAAACUCUUUGAUUUGACAUACAACAAGUACACAGCAGCACAUAAAAUCGAAAAUGUCGAAGAAGCGCACACUUUGAUAUUAUUAUUCUCUUUACUCCCAACAGAAGACUUGAUGGUAUAUGAAGAAACAUUCUUGAAAAUAUUCAAAAUCAUUUGUGUGAAAGAAAGUAGUGUCGAUGCUAUUGAUACCGUCGUCGUUUUGUUGUAUAACAUUCUGCCAACUGUUUCUAAAUACCCGAUGUCACUCGUGGAGAGUCAACUCGAAGAUAUCAUCGACCGCAUAUUCAAUGUGUUGUACAUCAAAGAAUCAACAAUCAAAUUUAGAUGCGACUUGAUCGAUCUCUUGACUCGAAUUAGAAUCAAUUAUGGGAGUGAUGUAGUUGAGCCAUACAAAAAGAAUGUACUUAAGAAAUUGUAUUCACCUCUCGACGAUAACAAAAGAAACGUCAGACAGUCCGCAGCGAACUGUAGAAAUAUUUGGGGAGUUUAA